UUUCGUCGUUUCACCCGCCUCGCAUCGCAUCGCUUCGUUCGUAUGUUCUCUCGCAUCGUUUUUCGCUUCUGUUCGUCUGCGGUGGUCGUGUGUGUGCUGUGCUGUGUGUGAACAAACGGGAAGCAUAAGCCGCAGCAAGGAAGGAAGCCUCAAAAGGAAAAAUCCAAUUCCCGGAAACUUAAUCAAAUGAGCAUUUCUCAGCGUUAACUGCUAGAAUUCAUAAUUCGGAAUAAAAGCAGCAAAAAUGCCUACGAUCUAAUCUCGUUUUUUUGUGAGAAUAGUUCUAGAGUUUUGAUAGAGCGUCCCGUGCCCCGUGUGCGCGAGUGUGUGUGUGUGUGUUAGUUUUUGUGUGUCGCCGUCGACGUCGCAGCCGCCACCACGCCUACACGCUCGAGAAUGGCUGCCACGGUCUACCAUCGCCUACACAGCGUCGCCGUCGGCAGCCCCAGCACCAGCUCCACUUCCUACUCCUCGUCCGCCUCACCGGGCGCUUCCUCCUCAUCGUCGGCGCUGCUUAGUCACUCGCAGCUGACGCGCUCCCUGGAGCGCAUCCUGGAGGAGGCGCACUUCAGCGGCGAGCUAAUCCUUACCAAUCGCAAGCUAAAGGACUUUCCCAAGACGGGCACCAAGUACGCGCUCACGGAUACGGUAAUUGCAGAUCUGUCCCGAAAUAGAUUCUGUGAACUGCCGGAGGAGGUGACAACGUUCGCCUUCCUGGAGACGCUGCUGCUUUACCACAACACGAUCCGCAGCAUACCGGAGUCGGUGAAGCAGUUGUCAUCGCUGACGUAUUUGGAUUUGCGCAGCAAUCAGCUGUCCACGCUGCCGCGCGAGAUCUGCUUCCUGCCGCUGCAAGUGCUGCUGGUGUCCAACAAUCGACUGGUCACACUGCCCGAUGAACUGGGGCGACUCGAUCAGACCCUCACCGACUUGGAUGCGUCCUACAAUCAACUGUCGGCGCUGCCCGCUCGCCUGGGGGAGCUGCGUACACUGCGUUCGCUGUCGCUGCGCAGCAAUCAGCUGAUGUAUCUGCCGCGGGAGCUAACCUGCCUCAGCCUCGUGUCGCUGGAUGUGAGCAACAAUCGAAUAGCCAGCCUGCCGCUGGAGAUACGCCACAUGAGCACGCUGGUGGAGUUGCAACUGGAAAACAACCCGCUGACCGCACCGCCAGCUAGUCUCUGCAUGCGUGGGCUGGUGCACGUGUUUAAGUUUCUGGAAACGCAAGCCACCAAAGACGAGAAGGGCUCACGUACGGGUGGAAACUACGAUGGCUACACCACGCUGCGACGUGCACCGCGUCACAAUUCCAGUGGCAAUGUGCUGGAGGCCAGCACCAAUAGCAGCAGCAAUCAGCGACGGCAUCAGAUCGACUCGGGCUACAGCACCAGCGAUGGCCUGGACAAGCGCUGGUCGCACGACAAUCCGCCCAAGUCCAAGACAGACUCGCCGCUGCACUGCUCGAUGGCUGCCACGUUGCCAAGGGCUGUGGCACCCAGCGCCAUACACAUGCACGCGGAUCUAAUGGACGCGUCGCUCACCUCCAGCACCAGCACGAUUGUGGAUGAGAGCCUCACGCUGAGUCCCACAAAUUCGCCCUGCAAGCUCAGCUAUGCGCACUCGAACAGCUCCAGCAAUAGCUCGUCGCCGGAUCAGGAUGAGGAUCUCAUGAUGGAUCAGGACCCACAGGAACGCGCACUGCAUGCCAGCAAUGGCAAGACCAGCAAGAGCUUGAGCAACAUUCAGACAUACAAAGAAUACAAAGAAGCGCUGAAGCAGCAGCGCAAUCAGGAGGCCAGCGUCUACAAGCAAAAGCAUCCGAACGCCAAUCAUAGUCCCAAUGAUGAUGAGGAGGAUCAACCGCCAGCAGCAACCAAUAGCCAACCAACAGCUGCCCUGACCAAUGGUGCUGGCUGCAACACACUGCCAAAGUCCAUCAUGAAACAAUCGAGUCUAAAUGGUCACAACGGCAAUGGAAAUGGCCAUGGCAAUGGCAAUGGAGUCGAUGAUGUUAUUAUACCAAAGAAACCCAUACAAAAGGUGAUACCCUCGCGUAAUACAGAGAUUAAGUCUGCAAACGCCACAGGCAAUGCCACUGCCGGUGCCAGCUCCGAUUGUUUGGGCUAUGUGAAGCCGCAGAGUCCCAUGAAGAAUGGCACCAACAAGUUCAAUACGUCCAAUGGUGGUGGUGGGGCAACAUCUUCAUCAGUUACCACCACCACCACCACGAGUGUCAUAAUCAAAUCCCCCGUAAGCAGCACCACCAAGCUGGGCACCGUGAAGACUCAUCGUUCGGUGACAUGGAAUCAUGACAUACCCGCGGAGAAGCUGAGCUUUACGAUGCGUCGCGAGUUUGAUCGACAGCGUGAGGAAACUGAGUUGAUGUCGCAAUUGAGAAGUAUCAUUGAAACACGUCUAAAGAUGACCUUGCCCGUGGACAUAGCAUCGGCAUUGACCGAUGGCGUUAUUCUAUGUCACUUGGCCAACUAUGUGCGUCCGCGUUCAGUGGCCAGCAUUCAUGUGCCCUCGCCUGGUGUGAACAAGCUGACAAUGGCUAGAUGUCGGCGGAAUGUGGAUAACUUCUUGGAGGCAUGUCGUCGCAUUGGCGUGGAUGAGGAGUUGAUUUGCUCCUGUGAAGAUGUUGUGCCACAAAUUGAACAACAACAACAAUUGCCACGCGCUGACGAUGACUACGAUGCUGAUGUGUAUGUCAACAGCAGCAGCAGCAGCAACCACAGCAACAACAGCAACAGCAGCUAUAACAACGAACAAAAGAACGAUCAUGAUGAUGAUGAUGAUGCCAAUGAAGAUGCUGCUUAUGCUGGCCGUGUGCCAAAUGCAUUAGCCCUACUGCACACAGUGUCCGCUCUGAUUGCCCUGGAUGCAAAUCCACAUCAUCAGCAGCACAUACAGCAAGAGCUGCACCAAAGGCUGCAACAGCUGCAGCACGAGCACGAGCACGAGCACUUUGAGCACGAGCAAGAGCAAUUAACUGAGACAACCUGCAGCCAACAGCAAGAACAGAUGUUGCAGCAACAACAGCAACAGCUAGAACAUGUUUUAUAUGAAAAUUGUGAGCUUAUCAAUGGCAAAGAGGCUCAAGCCAAGGCUAGCGAUGAUGUGGGUAGCCCUCAAGUGGCCAGGCAGCAGCAGCAUCUAUCGGCAGUGGGGCAAAUGCUGCGCACGGCCAAGCAAAAGACCUACGAGAAGAUCAAACAGAAUCUGCUCAGUGCACACGGGCAGCACAGUUUCCAGAGCGGCAGCAGCAGCAGCAGCAACAAUAACAAUCAUCGCACCUUGCACACCAUAGUGGAGAGCGAGCAUGAUGUGGCCACCGCUGGACCGGCUGGUCACUAUCAACUCAUCGAUGAGAAGCAAAAGCAGCAGCAGCAGCAACACUCCGAGGAGUCCAAGCAACAGGCAGCAGCAGUCCUAGUACCCGUCUCCGCUGCCGCAGCCAAGGAAGCCAUCAGCAAGCGCAUAGAAUUCUUCGAACAGCAGCGGAAUGGCAAGCCCCCCGUGGAGGUCUUCAGCAUCUAUCGCAUUGGAGAGGACAAACAGCAGCAGGAGCAGCAGCUGCAGCAGCUGCAGAAACUAAAGUCCAAGGACAAUGAAGCUGGAACUUCGUUGCUCAAACAUGAUUCGCACACCCUCACCGUGCUGCUGUCGUGCGUUUUUAUAGCCACUUUCCUGUGGCUGGUAUUCUUUCCGCUGCCCGGCUAGCAAUCGACCGAUUAAACAGCUUCAUUUUGCCUUGACUUUGCCCAUAGAUUUUAAGAUUAAAGACAGGCUUUGCCCACUUGGUAGUGAGUUCUUUGAGGCUGCUUUUUGUUUAACGCUUUUUGUAUAAUUAAGUCGCAGCUUUUACACCACAUUAUGAUGUAUUUCUACUAUAACUAAAUCUAAGAGAAUACCCCCCAAAAACAGGAAACUUCUGAGGCAUUUAAUUGAGAGACAACCCAAAGACUUUGAAAUUUGUAUUCAAAUUUGUAUUCUUUGAUUUGCGAGGGGCAUACACAGACACAAUUGAGGUAGCAAGUGUAACUCUUUGAGCUGUUGGGGUUUGUCAACUAAUGGAGUAUGAUAUAAAAGCCUAAAGCUUAUGUUUCGUGACACACUAUUUAAAUUAAGUUUAUGUUCCUUUGAAGCAAUCUUUGUUGUACUUAAUUUUCGAUAGUUUUUAGUAAGAGAUUAUAUUAUGGGAUCUUUUAGGAGAACAGUAUGUAGAAGAUGUAUGCACUGAGGAAAAAUAUUUCCCAAAUUAAGAAUAACAGAUAACAAAAAAUUUAAUGGCCAGACAUAAGAAGUUCUGAAAUGUAUUUCCUACCAUUCAAAUGGACCACUAAAUACAUAGGUAAUACUUGCAGCUAGACUAUCAUUUUCCUUAGUUCUCUUUCAAGUGCGAACUUAGAAACUAACUUUAUUUGUAUUUAAUUAUAUUAUAAAUUGCAUAAAAUGAAUAUUUGUAUGCAUUAAAGUAUAUAAUUAUUCAGGACAGACAGUAGAAGUUUAGAAAUGUAUUUCCUAAAAUUAAAGUAGGCCACUAAAUAGGUUACAACUGAAGAUAUAAGAUCUAUCUGACUUAUUCUUUACUUUAUUUCAAUUUUAAUUUAUAUUAUGCAUAGAAGAUCUUUAACGCAGACUCGCUAAAAUCAUCAAUGAAAUGCUUUUUGUAUUUUAUUACUUUAAAAAUGUAUGUAGAAUACCAGCAUACUAGUUAGGAUUGUAGGUAAUAUUUUUUCCUGUAUGAACAAUAGCGGAGAGCAUAUUUAGGGUUGUACUUUUUUUACCUGCCUAUAACCAAAGUUAAGAUCUUUAAUUUUUAUAUCCUUAAGCAAUGAUAAGACUAUGAGAGAAGUUACACCCAAACAACUUGAAUUGUGUAUGCCCCUUGCAGUUACUUUAUAGACAACCCAAAAAGACAAGAAACAAGAAAGAAAACCCAAAUAUUCCUAGUUCAUGUCUUUGUACACACUGAACUCUAAAUUGGUUUAAGAAUUUUACAAUCAUUCGACAUUUUCAUUUGCUUAGACACGUGCUCGAGGCGUGAACUGAACUGAAAUCUUACAAAACGCUUCAAUUCAUUAGAUAUAAACUUAUGCGCAAACCAUAUACAGAUAAACCACUUACAAAUCAGAUUAUGAAGAUCAGAUGCAACGAAAUUAAACUUGAUUAAGUUCCACUUUGGCAAAAAAGACAAAUGGGGAAACCACAUGAAAAUCCCCAGAAAAAACGAAAAUUGUGCAUAGCUCUAGUUAGAAUACAAAUAAGAGAUAAAUAUGAGAUAUCUAUAUAGUUGUAGACGCUAAAGAAACGGUUGGUAAGGUAAAGAACGGAUAUUGUUACAGUUUGGAAGAGCAACUGAUAGCCCUGUUACUGGAUGAAGUUGCGUUUGUAUGGUUUUACUUGAAGCAGGGACACACAAAAUAGUUGUAGAAAAGCGUGAGAUAGUUCUAGAAUGAAUCUUUAACCAACCAAUGUACCAAUUUCAAGCCCCUGAAUGGUCCAAGAACCAGCAUAGAAAUAGCAGAAAGUUUACCAAAUUAGAUAAGAAAUACAGACUUACGAUGGAAGAAGGUUCUACAAUAGUUUUUCAAGUGCGCAUAAUUUUUGGGAAGCAAUUUAGGUUGUUCGUAGGUAGCUGUUUAUAGAUGUUAAAUGUGUCAAGGAACCGUAGACCGUAGAACGUGGUAGUCUUUGCCGCUUCGAUUGAUUGAGUUGUUAAGUAAAUUUGUGCAGUUAAGAACACCAAGUAAACAGAGAAUUCAUUCAGGCUAAUUGCUUCUCAAUUUAAGAUUGAUGCACAACCUUUAAUGCAACCCAUUAAAUGAGAACCCCCUCUUAAAUACCAUUAAAACACAAGAAUAAUCAGCAGGAACAGUGCCUUUGACUGUGGAUCGACAACAGUCUAGUCUUUCUAUAACUAAAGCUGUAGCGCAUCCACCUGGAUCGCUGGCAGUCUUUUUUUCUACUCAAAAGCAAUAAUUUAACUGAAAAUUUCCAAGAACUUAACGCUUUUCUUUAAUGUAACUAAACUAAUUUAAAAACUACAUUAAUCUUCAAUUUGUGCUACAUUACAUUCCUAACAUUAUUAAUUAACAUUAAACAAUUAUUUAUUUCAUUUAAACUUAAACUUGAGCUCGUACUUGACGAGAAAAAAGCGCGAUGAAAAACAAAGAGAAAAUGAAAGCUAAUCAAAUUUCUACAAGAAGCACAAUCUCUAACUCUCAGAAGAACAUAUAUUAAAAGAACAUACAUACUAAAUCCAGAUUUAUAUAUUUUGUCUAACAAAAUUAUUAAAGGAUAUAUCGUAGAACCAGCAUUGAAGGCAGCUAUAAUCAGUCAUUAAUUUUUAUAAAACAAUGUUUAACACACACGAAAUACACACAGAUAUACAUUUAUAUAUACACAAUAUACAACCUGAAUGUAGGCUUAUGGUAUUGCCAAGGUUUUUCCAACAAAACUUCACGCCAAAACAAACAUUUUUGUCGAAAUUCUAUAUAAAAUGUACUUCCAAAAAAC